AUGUACGGACGUGAUCCAUGGGGCGGUCCUUUAGAGAUCAAUGCGGCUGAUUCCGUCACUGACGACGAUCGCAGCCGAAACCUCCAAGAACUCGACCGUGCGGUUCUCUCUCGCCCACUCGACGCCACGCAGCAGAGCUGGCUACUCGGACCCGCCGAGACGAAGAAGAAGAAGUACGUCGAUCUCGGCUGUCUACUAGUCAGCCGCAAAAUCUUCCUCUGGACUCUCGGAACGUUCGUCGUCACCGCGUUCCUCGCCGGAUCCAUAACAACCAUCUCCAAAAUCAUGCCACACCACAAACCAAAGCCACCACAACCGGACAAUUACACAGUCGCUCUCCAUAAGGCUCUCAUGUUCUUCAAUGCUCAGAAAUCUGGGAAACUGCCAAAGGACAAUAACGUGACAUGGAGAGGUAAUUCAUGUAUGCAAGAUGGGAAAGGAGAACCAGGAGAGUUCUACAAAGAUUUGGUAGGAGGUUACUACGAUGCUGGAGAUGCCAUCAAAUUCAACUUCCCAAUGUCUUACGCUAUGACGCUCUUGAGCUGGAGUGUGAUUGAGUACAGUGCUAAAUACGAAGCUGCUGGUGAGCUUAAUCAUGUCAAAGAAGUCAUCAAAUGGGGAACAGACUAUUUCCUCAAGACAUUCAACAGUAGUGCGGACACAAUCUAUGUGAUGGUUGAACAGGUUGGUUCUGGGGUUACAGGUAAAGGAAGUAAGGUGCGUAACGACCAUUCAUGCUGGAUGCGUCCGGAGGACAUUGAUUACCAAAGGAACGCUGCGAAAUGUUACUCUUCCUGUCCGAAUCUUGCUGCAGAGAUGGCGGCUGCUCUGGCCUCUGCAUCCAUUGUGUUCAAAGACAACAGAGUCUACUCGGAGAAGCUUGUUCACGGUGCUAAGACGCUCUACAAGUUUGCAUACGCUAAUAAAUGGAGUCACGCUAAACGCAGUAAAGAGUCUAGCGAGUUCUACAAGUCGACCCUCUUCUGGGAUGAGAUUCUUUGGGGAGGUGCUUGGUUGUAUUAUGCUACUGGAAAUGUAACCUAUCUUGAGCUAGUCACAAGUCACAAGUUGGCCACACGUGCUGGUGCCUUUGGAAAUAGCUCUUACUAUGGCGUGUUUAGCUGGGACAACAAGCUUCCCGGGGCUCAGUUGCUGUUGACUCGGUUGAGGCUGUUUCUAAGCCCUGGAUAUCCAUAUGAAGACAUUUUGAGAACAUUUCAUAAUCAAACAAGCAUAGUUAUGUGCUCCUAUUUGCCGUAUUUCCACAAAUUCAACAGAACCAAUGGAGGGCUGAUUCAGUUGAACCAUGGAGAUCCACAGCCUCUACAGUAUGCUGCAAACGCAGCUUUCUUGGCGACGCUAUUCAGUGAUUAUCUAGAUGCUGCUGAUACUCCUGGAUGGUACUGUGGUCCUACUUUCUAUCCUACUGAUGUCCUAAGAGACUUUGCCAGAUCGCAGAUUGAUUAUAUUCUCGGUAAAAACCCUCGGAAGAUGAGUUAUGUUGUUGGUUUUGGACACCAUUACCCCAAACAUGUACAUCACAGAGGAGCUUCAAUACCAAAGAGUGUGAAGAAAGAAAGCUGCAAAGGAGGAUGGAAAUGGAGAGACACCAAGAAAGGAAACCCGAACACGAUUGUUGGAGCUAUGGUUGCUGGACCUGACAAGCAUGACGGAUUCCACGACGUUCGUGCAAACUACAACUACACAGAGCCGACUAUAGCCGGCAAUGCGGGUCUGGUCGCGGCUCUUGUGGCUUUGUCAGGAGCAAAAACGUCUCGAGCUAUUGACAAGAACACUAUAUUCUCAGCCGUACGUCCGUUGGGCCCUGACACACCGCCUCCUCCAGCUCCUUGGCAUCCUUAG